CUAUCCGUGGAACGGUCAAUGUCAACUUGCCAAAGAGAAAGACUAGUUUAUAUUCCAACAGCCGCCGUCGUCAAAUGCGGACGUGCUGGAGACCAGUCUCCAAGUGAUCCAGUGUAACUAAUAUCCGAGAUUAUUUCAACGUGUAAUUUGUACGAAUUCGUGUAAUUUUGAAAAUUUUGUAAGGUCUGGCCGAAAGUUAGGAGAUAUUUAAGAAUGGAGAAUUCAACAGUGACCAAACAAGACAUAGCGACGAUCCGGGAAUGGAUAUCGAAAGAAAUAUACUUACCACAAGACAUUAAUGACCUGAUGCUGUGGAAGUUCCUGAACAGCUGCAACCGUAGCCUGGAGGCGACCAAGCAGUGCAUCGAGCGGUUCGCGCUUGGCCGCGCCAACAUGAAAGAGAUCUACACCAACAGGGACCCGCUUUCAGAACCUAUCAUCACAGCCUUUUCUAUCACAUCUGUAGUCACAUUCGAAGCGGAUAAACACGAGCUUCUAAUUCAUCAAUUGGACGAUCCCAAUCUUGAUAAAUUCUCGUUCUACGACUUGCUAAAGGCGUUCACCGUGCAAGCUGACUACUGGCUCAAAUUCCACGAGUACAAGGAGUUCCCUGAGGGUCAUAUCAUCGUGUUGGACAUCAAGGACUACCAUUUGAGGAUCAUCCCCAAAGUCAACAUCAUGUAUUUCAGAGAUUUCCUGCUGUUUUUACUUGAAAGUAUGCCAGUCCGUGUGAAACAGGUCCAUGUUGUCAACUGUCCGUCUUUCUAUGAGAAACUAUUCGCUCUCGUCAAACCUAUAUUACCUGCAGAAAUUUUAGAAAUUAUUCAAUUCCACGGUGAUGCUGUAGGCAUCAGCAAAUUCAUAGACAAGAAGUACUUACCGAAGGAGUACGGCGGCGAGCAGUCAACUCUGAAGGACGAACAAAAGGGAUGGGUGGCCAAAGUUAAUGCUAAGAGGUCUAUGUUCCUAAAUAAUAAUCUGUGGACGGCGGAUUUGAAGAAAAAACCAAAGAGCAGCGCCGACAAAACAAUGAAUGGAUCUUUUAGAACUCUUUCAAUCGAUUGAUUUCGAUAGCAAGCGACGCGACCAGCUUGUUUCACUGGUGUAUUUACUUAUUUCUUUUAAAAAUCAUCCUGGGUGAAUUUCACGACUGUUUGAACGCGGCGUGUAGCGUUUCAUUAGUGUCGCAUAUUUCAUUUUGAUAAAGAACGUUUUUUUAAAAUUAAACAUUUAUAAAAUGAACAUUGUACCAGUACUUUACUCAUUUAUAAAAUAGGAUAAUUAAAUUGAUUACUGUGUAUGGUACAAUUUAAUAAACACUAUUGAUAGCUCACGUCGGCGUAAAAACGCUCGUGAAGUUCACCCUCCUGAAGAAUCAAUAAAAAUGAUAGCGAAUUUCGCAUAAAAUCCGUUGGGUACUCUUUAUGACAUGUAAAUAGUGACAGAUAGACGUGUAUGUUUUUGAUUUUAUUUUUUAUAUUUUUUAAAUAAUAUCGUAAACACAGAAAAAAAUGCAUUCAGUGCAUAUUGCAUUUGUACAUAGUACCUAUCUAUACAUAUACUAUCUAUCCAUACAUACUACUUUUAUAAAGAUAAAAGAUUUGAAAAGCAAAAAGUACUAGAUCGAUUUUGAUAAAAUUUGGCACAGAGACAGACAAAACCUUCAGAAGUAACAUACUUUACUAUAUUAGGAUACUUUUUUAUUACGGUUUUACCCGAGAGAAGCUACAACAGACGGCCAACCUCUAGUAUCAUAUAAUUUUGUAGGAAGUUUACAGCGAUUAACCAAAAGCCUGGCCUUGAUUUUUCUAAAGUUUCAUCUGAACAUAAUGAUAUAUAGAAGUACAUAAAAGUCAUUCAGUAUUUGUAUGAAUAUCUAAUGCGAAUUUAUUGAACAAUUAAUUGUAAAGGUCAAGGAAAUGGGGGAACAAAUAAAAUAUGCAUAAUACAAAAGAAUCUAAAUAAAACUUAUUAUGUAAAUCUUAAAUAUUUUAUUUAUACAAAUAAUAAUUCCGUGAGGUAGAUAAAUCACGGUCUGUGUUUUAAUCUGAUUUUAAGUCUAUAGGUACCAUAAAGUAAAAAGAAAAUUAUUUGUAUGGUACCUACUUACUUCUACACUUAAAGCUACACAUUAGAUGAAAUUGAUUCAUUAAAAUUUAGCGUAAACGACUCUCAAAUGUUUAAUUGAUUCGUCAAUGAUUUAAGAGCCCUUUUAGCCAAAUUUCACAUAAAAAAUUAGGAGGAGGAAUUCCGCCGUAUUACAGUAGUUAUUUCAGUAAUACGGUUCUAGAAACCAAACUGAAAAUUAAAUUACAUAAUUACUAAAUUCAAUAUCUGAAUUAAU